AUGGCUUUUCCGGCAGAAACUGAAGGCUUUCAAGUUGAUGGCCCAGGGAUUCCACCUGAGUUCCACAAACGUUCGUUUAAAUUGAAGCCAGUCGGUGACUAUGAUGUUGACAUCAAAAUUGAUGCUUGUGGUGUAUGCGGAAGCGAUGUUCACACCGUAACCGGAGGAUGGGGAAAACAAAAUUUCCCUCUUUGCGUGGGGCACGAGAUCGUGGGCCACGCAGUCCGAGUGGGACCCAAGGUAACUCUGGUCAAGCAAGGUCAGCGAGUCGGAGUCGGUGCUCAGGUUUACUCGUGCGGAGACUGCAAGCAGUGUCGCGAAGACAACGAAACUUACUGCCAAGUGAACUUGAUCAACACUUACGGCUCCGAAUGGCCGGGGACAGGAAUAAUCAGUCAAGGUGGCCUAGCAUCUCACAUUAGAGCCCAUGAGUACUGGGUGUUUCCUAUACCGGACGCAUUGAGUACCAAGACGGUGGCUCCGAUGCUGUGUGCUGGGUUAACGGCAUACUCACCCCUGGUACGACAUGGAGCCAGGAAUGGCAAAAAGGUUGGAAUAGUUGGGAUUGGAGGCAUUGGACAUUUCGGAAUUAUGUUUUCCAAGGCUUUGGGCGCCGAGACUUGGGCAAUCUCGCGAUCUAGAGCAAAGGAGGCUGAAGCUCGUAAGUUGGGAGCUGAUGGGUUCAUCGCGACAGCCGAGGAAGGUUGGGAGGCUGAGCACCGUUGUACAUUUGACUUGAUUGUCAAUUGUGCAAACUCAUCCUCUGGGUUUGAUCUCGCCAAAUAUCUCUCUCUGAUGGACGUUCAUGGUCGAUGGAUUUCGGUCGGUCUCCCAGAGGAGGAGGGGCAAGUCAUCAAAGCUCAGAAUCUCGUCUCGAACGGCGUUUUGAUUGGCGCUAGCCACCUUGGAAGCAGACGGGAGACGCUAGAUAUGUUGAAACUGGCAGCAGACAAUGGACUUGAGGGCUGGGUUGAAGAACUCAAGCUUGGCCAGGACGGACUUCAAGAGGCAAUACUGCGUAUGAAGAAGGGCGAUGUUCGUUACCGAUUUACAAUGACAGGGUACGACGAGGUUUUCGCUCAAUAG